CGCUCAGGACCAUAACGUUCAGGCAAAACGACGACGCGUAUAUUCCGUAUUCAAGUAGACCGGUGUACGCGCUGGAGGGGAGGCGGAGUAUUGAGCGGGGCACCGAGUCGGACUUCCAGAGUGCCAAGCAAAUUAUCAAAGCAAUCACGCAUGUGUAGUGGCAUUUUUAUCUCCGAUACUCUGAUAUAUUUAUAUGUUCAUAUGAGCAUAGCACUGAGAAUGGGAGACCGGCCGGUGGAUUCAGAAUAAGUUAACUUUUGUCUACGUUACUGUAUGCUUUGGGUCCGUACGUAACGGAAUCAGCCUCUUUCGGAGAGGACGUUACUAGUGCGAAAAGGAUUACUGUGAACUACAUUUGAAGUAUCUCAAAAGCAGUGUUCUUUUCUGUCUUUGCAAGACUGCUUUAGAUAAUCCAUACAGAACAUUGCAAAAGGAUAUUGUUUGUAAAGAUGGAGUACCUUAAUCCGAAGGUGACUGGAAAUAGUGUCGUAGGGGUAUCUGGUUUGUGGGCUGUUUUUGCUCGUGGCGCCGCUUGGAUUGGAAUAACCCUCUCAUCCAGCUGUUAACUCUCGGAGUGAGAGAUUGGUCUCUGGAACAGACGUUCACGCGGUGUAGCAAGAAGUGGUCGAUUCUCCUAAUAUCGCUGGCAACUUUAAGUCCAACCCACUGCAUCAGUUGGUCGACAUUGUGACGCCAUACAGCACCACCAUGUCAAGUCAAGAAGAUGCCCGCCGCCAGAGCUGGUACAUCCUCCUAGUGGCCUUGUCGUUCAAUGUCGCUGGCACUAUUAUCAUCAUACUAGCUCAUUCCGUCUUUACUGACUCGAUGUAUAAGACGUAUUACGUGGGUGCUGGGUGCCUGGGUGCGGGCGGUCUACUCUGUAUAGUUGCGAUGAUACUCCUGGCCGGAUGCUGUGCUAAACCAAAAACACCUUCGAAGAAGAAUCUCACCUUUACGGGUUUACCAUUUAAUAACAAAGUCGACACAAUCUCAGAGCAGGAACCAGGUGCCAGUACAAGUGGGUCAAGUUCUAGUGGGAGUAACAACACCAGCGUCGCCUCUCACAAGAUUCCCAUAAAGCCACGGUCCCUUGUCCUCAAAAUCGUUCCAUAUCGCCCGUUAGAAGACGACACAGGGCUGAGUCAUGUAUGAAAGCAGCUGAGAGGAAUUUAUCACGGUAACAUUAUUCUGGUAUCGGUCACGUGACGUCACUUGAUGAUGGUCCGAGGCGGUGAAGAAGAAGACUUAGCGCUGAGUGUUCCUCCUCGGUGAAUUCUUAUGCCGUUAUGACGAAAGCGUUUCGGCCCUUGUUCCUUUGCUUUUGGGGAGGUGGUGAGUGGGAUCCCAGCCGUGCUGAAUGUGGAAAAUAAUCAGGAUACGGAGGAAUGCCGGUGGUAACAAUAAAACGUAUCUAAGGUUUUCCGCCCAGGCAGAAUUAUGCAUAAUGUUUGUCUUGAUGUCUAAAACUUUGAAUAUGAACAAACCUUAGAUUAGAAGGCGAGGGCGGAGGAAGAUGUUACCACCUCCAGCCAAGACGGUGCCUCUUGUGAAGAGCUUGAAACCUUUUGGAAAGUACUAUGCUCCGCUGUGUUUUUUGCGACGGACGACCUUCCUGGUGCCGGUGUAAAAGUAAAAAGUGUCCCCCCUGGAAAAAGUGUCCGGCCCUAUUGUAUUCUGCAAUAUGGUUCUAUAGAGACCCUGACAGUCAAUAGCUCAGAGAUUGAAGCGCAUAAUAGAAUCCUUUGUUCCCGGACAUUUUAUCCUAGGACAUUUUAAACUUUUACACCGGUUUAUUAUUGGUUCCUUUGGUCUCUGCCUUCCAUGGUCGAACGAGUACACUUCAACUGGUCGUGGAGUUCCGGACGAACCCUUAGAUAUUGACAGAGACAACAAGGGCAGCUUCCUCGGAGGAAUGACUACAACAAAGACAUUUUCUACCGGUAGUAAGCGUCAGUAGGUUUAUGAGACAUUUUUCAUUAAAGUUUUUUACGAUGUUCACUUCCAAUGACGAAACUUUUGGAUAUAUAUGUCAGCUAGCUUGCUUACAUAAUAUAGAAGGUUGCAUGUUGUAAGAUACAUUGCAGGUAAAAUACUUCAGGUAAAUAACGAUUUGUAGUUAGCGACAGCUUC